AUGACAGGUCUUGUGGAGGACGCUUGGAUCAAUGGCCAGGCAACGAGUCACGAUGUCUCCGAGCUCGAGGACUGCGCGAUAGCCAUUGAUGCGACAUACUACCUCCAACUCUUCCUCGACACCCCUCCUUUCCACGAACCUCUCUUGCCCGCUCUGGGUGGCAUGACUGGCAUCGAGCACCAUCUCCGAGCUGAUAUCGACCAAUGGAAGGCACACAAGAUCGUACCCUUCUUCAUCUUCGAUGGACAAUCUGUGACCGGCCAAGAGGAGGUCGCCGUUCAGCGAGGCCGAACUGCCAACCAGAAGACGGACGAAGCUUGGAAGCUAUACUUCAACAGCCACGCACAGGAAGCUGUCGACGCGUUCGGUGCCAACAGCGGCGCCUUUCGCAUCCAGAACCUCUACCCCUUGCUCAAGUCUAUCCUGAAGGACAACGAUCUGCACUUCCUUGUCCCCCCCUACAAUGCCUCCGCUCAGCUCGCCUACUUCGACAUGAUCGAUUCGGACCAAUGCGCCGCUGUCAUGGGCUCGCAGGAGCUGAUCCUGUAUCCGAUCAAGGACACUCUAAUUCGCACGAUAGAUUGGGAGGCAAAGACCGUCACAUCGUUAUCCAAGAAGAACCUCGUGCGGUCACUGAACAUUAGCGAAGGCAUGUUGAGCGACGCUCUCCUCAUGACCGGAACCUCCUUCCUACCACCCUUCCCACCACUCCUGGACACUUCACUCAAUCCACGCCAGCCUUUUACUAUCAAUGAUGCU